UUAAUUAAAUAUUACAUAGUAAUUAUUAAAAUUGGCCUUAAUUGCAUUUCCAUUUUAUUUUGUUUCUAGUCUUGUUUUAUUUAUAGUGAAAACAAAUUUAUAAUCAUUAUAAUCGAAAAUUUCUCUGGUUAUAAGGUAAAAUAUAAAAAAAAUAUUGCCAAAAGAAAUGUGAAGUGCUUAAAUAGUUUUUACUGUCGCUGAAAUAUUCUGUUUAUUGCAUCAUCUGACCCAUUCGACUUGUACCUAUGAAGUCAACAGAUGACACCAAUGAAACUGUACCUGAAGUAGAAGCAGAAGCAGAAACGCAGCUAACAGCAGAAAGUAUGGAUGACGAUACAAAAAAAUCACAAGUAUAUGCAGGCAAUAAAAGAAAUUUUGGGUAUAUAAAAUAUGUAAGUUUAGUUAUUCUAACGUUACAAAAUGCUGUACUGGGUCUUAGUAUGCGGUAUGCACGCACAAGAGACGUUGAGAUGUUUUCAUCGUCAGCAGCUGUGUUUAUGGCGGAGGUAUUUAAAUUGAUAAUUUGUUUUGCCCUUGUUAUGCAAGAAUCGGGGAACAUUAAAAAAGGAAUGCAAUCUAUGUAUACCACGGUUAUAUUAAAUGUUAAAGAUACUCUACGAGUUUGUGUACCAUCGUUUCUGUACAUCAUACAAAAUAAUUUACUUUAUGUCUCUGCAUCGAACCUAGAUGCUGCAACUUACCAGGUUACAUAUCAAUUAAAAUUGCUGACAACUGCAUUUUUUGCUGUAGUCGUUUUAAAAAGGAAACUCAAGAAGUGGCAAUGGUUAGCCCUGGCGCUAUUGGCAGCGGGAGUGGCUCUCGUACAGCUGUCCUCUACCGGGUCAUCUGAAAGUGAUAAAACCUCCUCGAAUUUACCGAAACAGUCAAGAAUAUUAGGUUUUAGUGCGGCGUUAGCAGCUUGCUUUAUAUCAGGAUUUGCUGGAAUUUAUUUCGAAAAAGUGCUGAAAGAAUCCGAUGUAUCUGUUUGGAUGCGAAAUGUACAGCUAAGUCUGCUGUCCCUUCCAUUCGGUUUAGCAACGUAUCUUUUCAAUGAAGGGUCUUUGAACCACUUGCUUAAAGGAUUCGAUGGUUUCGUGUGGUACUUGGUUUUACUUCAAGCAGCCGGUGGCCUUAUUGUAGCGGUGGUUGUAAAAUAUGCAGAUAACAUACUAAAAGGAUUCGCUACAUCCGUAGCGAUAAUAAUUUCCUGUGUAGCGUCAAUAUUCAUUUUUAGUUUUGUCUUGACAAUACAGUUUGCUGCCGGUACAAUGUUGGUGAUUGGUUCAAUUUUCUUGUAUGGUUAUGUACCUAAGAAAAAAGAAAAUAAAAAUUCUCUAAAUGUGUGAUCAUUGUGACACAUAUAUGAAUAUUCCAUUAUUAUUUCGCAAAGUAUUAUAAUAUGUAAGCAUAAAUGAAAUUAUUUUUAAUUGUAUUAAAUAUUGUUUUAUGUUGUUCCUCUAGGCCUCGAAACACUCUGUAAUCUCGACUACAGAAUACAAUUAUAUGUAGGUACUAUUUUGCUAUCACAAUAUCAACAUAUUGUUAGAGCGAAAUAUUACGUAUAAUUAUAUGUUUUCGUAUUUCACAUUAUAAUGUGAUACGCGAAAACAUAAAAUUCAAUCACAAUAUAGACAUAAAAAAUAAUUAUGAAUAUAUAAUUCUCCUAUUUCUUCAGAUCCUUUGAAAGAAACCCG